GUCCGUGUGCUGCUGUGACGUGAAGCCUGCUUGUGUAAUUUCACUGUUUUGUGUCUGACAUUCAGACACUUGGAGCGUUUUCACGGCGGAGGAGCAGCUCAGCAAGAAGUCUCUCAACGUUACAAGAAAGAGGGUUAAAAUGCUGGCUUCUGUGGUGGCGAAAAGACUGGUGAGCGGUCUGUGCCAGGCAGCGUGGAGACCAGCAGCCACGGGUCUGGUGUCAUCUCGUGGUUAUCGUGGAGAAUCGCCAGAUGACACCAGGGGAGACCUGAUCGAGAUCCCUCUGCCCCCUUGGGAGGCGCGGCCCGACGAGCCCACUCACAUCAAGAAGCGACGGCUGCUGUACGAGAGCCGCAAGAGGGGCAUGUUGGAGAACUGCAUCCUGCUCAGCCUUUUUGCAAAGCAGUACCUGAACACAAUGAGUGAGAAGCAGCUGCUGCAGUACGACAGACUGAUUAAUGAACCCAGCAACGACUGGGACAUCUACUACUGGGCAACAGAGGCUCAGCCCGUUCCUGACGUGUACCAAGGAGAGGUCAUGGAUAUGCUGAAGGAGUUCACAAAGAACCACAACCAUGAACAGAGGUUUGAUGCACCCAGCCUGGAGUACCUGGAAAAGGAAAACCAAUGAGGUCCAUUUAGGACUUUUAGACCUCCUCAGAGACUCAUUUUAGGUGGGACACGAGGUGAAACAUCAGUGUCAUGAACCACCAGAAAACAAUCCUGCACAGGUCAGCUGUGUUGGUCCAGAUACACACAGCAGAGUGAAGAAAAUAUUGUGAGAAAUACACUGAACAAAAUUCAACCAGUUUGUUUUUGCUUGCAUUUUCACGAGUUGAAAAUAAAAAAAUCUCAAUUUUUCUAAGCACAUAAAAGGUUUGUUCUCUCAAAUUUUGUACAAAUUUGUUAAAGUCCAUGUUCCGUAUCACUUCUACUAAGAGGGUGACACAGGAGUGGAUUUUCACUUCUCCUCCCACAAAAAAAGACUGUCAUGUUGGUGGCUGCAUCAACCAGAACUGGCCACCAGAGUAGUCAGUUAAGAAUAAAUAGACAACAGAAUGACUAGAACUAUGAUCAAAAUAAAGAAAACAUCAGUUAUUCAUAUAAGAACUGCAUAUUUAUAUAUAGAAAAAUAGCCUUUUGUUAGUAUAAUUCCUGUCCUGCCUGCUCCCACUACCUUAUUUUUUUUCUUGUCCUGUCUAAGUCACGUGAUGAAUAACAAGAAAAAAUGUCCAAAUGCCUAAAAAAGACAUUCAUUAGACACAUUAUAUAACAUACACUCUUGCAUGAAGAGAACAUUUCUCCAAACUGCCAGUAUUUUGCUAUGCCUCAUCAGGUAGAUGAAUGAUCUUGGCAAAGGAGAAGAGCUCAGCGAGACAGUUUUUACCAAUUUUGUGACCAAAAUUUGAGAGAAAUUCUUAGAUUGUUUAAAUAUUUCAACUCAUGAGAAAUGGGAUAAUGAUAUUGUUUUGUUCAGUGUAUUUAGAACUCCUUACUAUCUAGUACUAUAAACUGCUCGAUUAUAAUAUUUUUGCCAUUAAAGCCUCCAUCCUCUUCCUCUGCUAACUCCAGUCAGUCAUUAAAGGGAGAAAAACAAUAAUGGACGCUUUGGGAAGUGUAAAUUGAGCAAAGAUUAAUGCAACACAAUAUGAGUAAGGUGCUCUUAAUAUUGUAAUUGUACUGUACAUUUCUGAUUCAAGACUGUAAAUUAAAAGUGCUAGCUUUAAAGAACACAAGCUGAUAAUGUGUUUCUCCACUCGAUGGUUAAAAAAAGAAACACAUUAACUGACUUGUUAGCGUAUCGUGUUGGUUCUGUUCAAUGACUGUACUGUGCCUCUUGCAGACAUUAUGGGAUAUUUAAUAAAUGUUGAAGCUCUA